GUUGGCGUCACUCCAGCCUCCGGUGAAACUGCGCAAGUGCAGCCCGGAGCCCGGCGGAACACACCCGCUCCAUCCCAGGCGCUCUCCCCUCGGAUUGCAUUUCCCAGAGGACACCGCUGUCCACAGCUACUUCCGGUAGGAGCCUCGCAGGAAUGGUGUCCGGGUAGAGGCAGGUAAGGAUGUCCCGGGCCGGUGGAGAAGGCAGAGCUGGGCGUGUGGCUUCGCUUGGAAUCCGAAUCAGAACUUGGACCAGAGCCUUCCCUGAGGAUGCUGAAGCAACACCUUCUUUGGAUUGAGUUUCUUCCAGAGGGAACCAAGAAGAGGAUUAAAUAAUACAUUCAAUUCUAAAAUAAGACAUGGCCCAUUACUAUUAUUUGUCAUUUUAGGAGUUGGUGAUGUUCAGAGAUGUGGCUAUAGAUGUCUCUCAGGAGGAAUGGGAAUGCCUGAACCCAGCGCAGAGGAAUUUGUACAAGGAGGUGAUGUUGGAGAAUUAUAGCAACUUGGUGUCACUUGGACUUUCUGUUUCUAAGCCAGCCGUAAUCUCCUCAUUGGAGCAAGGGAAGGAGCCCUGGAUGGUUGUGAGGGAAGAGACAGGAAGAUGGUGCCCAGACUUGGCGUCCAGAGAUGAGCCCCAGAAGUUAUCUCCAAAAAGGGAUAUUUAUGAAACAGAAUUAUCCCAGUGGGUUAACAUGGAAGAAUUUAGAAGCCAUAGUCCUGAGAGAUCAAUUUUCAGAGAUAUCUGGGAAGGCAACUGUCAUUUUGAGCAACAUCAGGGACAAGAGGAGGGUUAUUUUAAACAACUUAUGAUUAACCAUGAAAACAUGCCCAUUUUUAGCCAACAUACUUUACUCACUCAAGAAUUUUAUGAUAGAGAGAAAAUCUCUGAAUGUAAAAAGUGUAGAAAAAUCUUCAGUUACCAUUUAUUUUUUAGUCACCACAAAAGAACUCAUUCUAAAGAACUUUCUGAAUGUAAAGAAUGCACAGAAAUUGUUAAUACACCAUGCCUUUUUAAACAACAGACAAUUCAAAAUGGUGACAAAUGCAAUGAGUGUAAAGAAUGUUGGAAGGCCUUUGUUCAUUGCUCACAACUUAAACAUCUAAGAAUUCAUAAUGGUGAAAAACGCUAUGAAUGUAACGAAUGUGGGAAGGCCUUUAAUUAUGGCUCAGAACUUACUCUACAUCAAAGAAUCCACACUGGUGAGAAACCUUAUGAAUGUAAAGAAUGUGGGAAGGCCUUUAGACAGCGAUCACAGCUUACUCAACAUCAGAGACUUCAUACUGGUGAAAAACCCUAUGAAUGUAAGCAAUGUGGGAAGGCUUUUAUUCGUGGCUUUCAACUUACUGAACAUCUGCGACUCCAUACUGGUGAGAAACCUUAUGAAUGUAAAGAAUGUGGAAAGACUUUUAGGCAUCGCUCACAUCUUACUAUACAUCAGAGAAUUCAUACUGGUGAGAAACCCUAUGAAUGUCGGGAAUGUGGGAAGGCCUUUAGCUAUCACUCAAGCUUCUCGCACCAUCAGAAAAUUCAUUCUGGCAAGAAACCUUAUGAAUGUCAUGAAUGUGGGAAGGCUUUUUGUGAUGGCUUACAACUAACCCUACAUCAGAGGAUUCAUACUGGUGAGAAACCCUAUGAGUGUAAGGAAUGUGGGAAGACUUUUAGACAGUGUUCACACCUCAAAAGACAUCAGAGAAUUCAUACUGGUGAGAAACCUCAUGAAUGCAUGAUAUGUGGUAAGGCCUUUAGACUUCAUUCACACCUUAUUCAACAUCAAAGAAUUCAUACUGGUGAGAAACCCUAUGAAUGUAAGGAAUGUGGGAAGGCCUUUAGCUAUCAUUCAAGCUUCUCACACCAUCAGAGAAUUCAUUCUGGAAAGAAACCUUAUCAACGCGGGAAGGCGUUUAAUCAUAGAUUACAACUUAACUUACAUCAGACUCUUCAUACUGGUGAGAAGCCAGUCAGGUUUCCUCUCCUCCCUCCCCAUCCUAGUCUAGGAUCAUGAAAUUUGUUGAUGGAAAUACACAUUGUGUUUGUUUUAUUUAAGGAAAAAGUUGGUAAGCCACCAGUUUCAUUAGUAUUGAUUUAUUUAAGCAAUCCUUGAAAAUCAAAUGUUUUUAAGUGAGAAAAUGGAAAAGUAAUUAAAGUGUAAAUUUUGGUCUCAUUUUAAUGCUGUUUCUGAGUUAUUGUAUUAACCAUUAUUGAGAAUACUUUUUUUAUUGAGAAUAAAUUUUCUAAAAUUACAUGUUUCACUGAAACCAGUGAAAUAUAGCAUAAAUAAAAUGAGAACAAUUUCCUCCCUUCCCUCAAAUCUCUAA